GGCAGUCCAGGCGGUGGCAUCAUGGCUAAGUGGUUGAACAAGUACUUCAGCUUAGGGAAUAACAAAACUAAGAGCCCCCCGCAACCUCCCCGGCCGGACUACCGCGAGCGCGGGCGCGGGGGUAGCGGCGGCGGCGGCAGCAGCAGCCGGGGGGCGGCGGCGGGGGCAGGCGGAGGCGGCGAGAGGCGGCCGCAGCCACAGCCCCCGGCGGCCUCCUGUUCGUCCUCCUCGUCCUCCUGCUUCUCAGCCUCAUUCCGGGAGGACAGCGGCAGCACCAGCGACCUGAUACGCGCCUACCGAGCCCAGAAGGAACGCGACUUCGAGGAUCCCUACAACGGCCCCGGCUCGUCGCUGCGCAAGCUGCGGGCCAUGUGCCGCCUGGACUACUGCGGGGGCCAGGACGGCAGCGGGGACAGGACCUUCUCCUCCGCCUCCUCGUCCGCCGGCUGCUGCUGCACCUCUGGAGGCGGAGGGGGAGCCGCUGCGUCCUCUUCGUCUUCCUCUUCCCCGCAUCUCUUCCGCAGCAACAGCGAGCGGCGACCGGCCACGCCGCCGGAGGUCAAAUACAUCUCCCCCAAGCACCGGCUCAUCAAGAUCGACAGUGGCUGUGGAGGGGGCGGCGGGGCAGACCCCGGGGGAGGCGGCAGCAAGAGUAGUAGCAGUAGCGGCAGCGGCAGCAGCAGCGUCCGUACCUGGAGUCCGUCCGCCUGCGGCAGCGGCAGCGGCAGCAGCAAGAAACUGCUCAACAGGUGCCCGGAAGAGAGCGGCGCCACUGGAGGCAAGAAAGACAAGGUUAUCAUUGCAGAUGAUUAUUCAGAUCCUUUUGAUGCCAAGAGUGAGCUGAAGAAUAAAGCAGGAAAGGGAGAAAGUGCUGGCUACAUGGAGCCCUACGAAGCUCAGAGAAUCAUGACAGAAUUUCAAAGGCAAGAAAGUGUGAAAUCCCAGAAUAAAGGUGUCCAGUUGUAUGACACACCUUAUGAGCCAGAAGGCAAUGGUGUGGAUUCAGAUUCUGAAAGCUUGGUCAGCCAGCGUUUAAGAGAAAGCAAAUUGCCACAGGAUGAUGACAGGCCUGCAGAUGAGUAUGAUCAGCCUUGGGAGUGGAACAAAGUCACGAUUCCAGCCUUAGCAGCUCAGUUUAAUGGUAAUGAGAAAAGGCAGUCUUCCCCAUCACCUUCCAGAGACAGACGUCGACAACUCCGAGCCCCAGGUGGAGGCUUCAAACCCAUCAAACAUGGAAGCCCAGAGUUCUGUGGGAUAUUGGGAGAAAGAGUCGAUCCUACUGUCCCAUUGGAAAAGCAAAUAUGGUAUCAUGGAGCAAUCAGCAGAACAGAUGCAGAAAAUCUCCUCCGGUUGUGUAAAGAGUGUAGCUACCUUGUAAGAAAUAGCCAAACAAGCAAGCACGACUAUUCUCUGUCACUGAAGAGCAACCAGGGCUUCAUGCACAUGAAGCUGACGAAAGCCAAAGAGAAAUAUAUCCUGGGGCAGAACAGCCCCCCGUUCGACAGCGUCCCUGAAGUCAUCCACUACUACACAACCAAAAAACUGCCCAUCAAAGGGGCAGAACACUUGUCCCUGCUCUACCCUGUGGCUGUCCGAACCCUAUGAAAGGAAGGCCUGUCCACCUCCCCCCAUGGAUGGAGAAGCAAGAAGAGCCCUCCCAGUGCAAUGACCGGAGCGCGGGACUGAGGGAGGAAAACAGAGCUACUGCUUUUCACCAUAGAUUGACUGGCUAUGUUCUAAUCAUUAGAGUGGUACUUUGGCCCUCCUGCAUGUCUUUAGAACCAUGUUUCUAUUUAAGGGGAGGAACCAUAUUUAAAUGUGAUAGCAGAUAAUCCAGCCCUACCCCCACCCCACAUCUCCUUUUAUUUCCUGUGAAUUAAAAUAUUUUCAAAUCCAAAGAGAUGCCUUCCAGGGUAAACAGAGCAAAGCAGCUUAUAGCAAACAGUGAGCUCCAAGGAUUUCCAUUUCUUUGUUCUCCUGCCUGUAGUGAACUCACACCUGCAUAUGGAAAAAAAAAAA